CAAAACCAUUCACCGAGGACGCCAAAGAAUGUCGCGCUCCCCACCACCCCGCCACCCUCGUGCCGAUCUCACAGCAAAUAACCCACGGUCCUUACCUCGCAUCGAUUAGUUUAGUCUUCAGCCUUCCUUCUGUACUACGACACUCUGCAUCAUCACCAUGAGCGACGCGCCGCCUGCACCCGAGCCAGAAACCCUCGAAGCGCUACAAUCUCGACACCGUAAAGAGCAACGCGACCUCGUAUCCCGUAUCACACAGAAGAAGAAGCAAGCAAGCAAAAAGACACGCAAGGGUGUCAACGAUGAGUGCGAACGGCUCGAGCGCGAAUUGAAGGAGCGUCAGGCGCAUGAAGUCGCUGUUCAGAACGGCGAGGCCGUAGAUGCUGAGGAGCAUGUAGAAGACGCACAGAGCUCUGGAGACGAGGCGCAGGAUAUACAGGACGACGUUGCAAACCUCAAUUUAGCUGCCUCUGCUUCAGACAGCAAAGAGAGCAGUACGAAUGGCGAUUCUGCUGAACCCAAGAAGAAGAAGCCAAAUCGCGCAAAAGCCCGCCUCGCCCGCCGCGCCGCCGAACAAGCCUCCAUGAUCGCCGAAGCAGAGCGCGAGGCCGCCAACGCACCGAACCCACGUGAACUAGAACGAGAACGCAUGGCGGUACAACUGAACAAACAUGGGCUGGUGCUGCAUGAGAUACGAGCCGACGGUCAUUGUUUGUAUGCGGCGGUCGCGGAUCAGUUGCAGACGCGAGAACUGGGCCUAAAGCCGAGAAUAGGUGUCACCAUCACUGGACAGGGCGACGAGGAGUCAGACAAAAAGCCACAAGGAUACAAGACCGUCAGACACGCAGCGGCAGACUGGAUCCAAAGCCACGCCGACGACUUUACAGGCUUCAUGGAAGACCCGUUGCCCGAGCACGUCCGCAAGAUUAGAGAGACGGGUGAAUGGGGUGGACAUCUGGAGCUGCUUGCGCUGGCCAGGACAUAUGGUCUGAGGAUACGCGUACUGCACAGCGACGGCCAGGUGGACAAGAUAGAGGCUGAAGAUGAGGUCAAAGAAAAGGAGGAGAUAUGGCUGGGAUACUACAAGCACAGUCAUGGGUUGGGCGAGCAUUACAACUCACUACGCAAGGCAGGCUGAACGUGAAAUCAGCGAUGCGAACAUGGGUGCCUUGUAAGCUGUCUACCGGAGCUAUACAACGUCCUCCUAGCCAACUGUACUCAGUGCCAUUUCUGAUCAUCCGGACAAUCCGCCUUGUGCCGCCACAUACUCACGCAGUCUCUUACGAGGCCCUUGAUGACGCCAAUCUCGUGGGUCCGCUUGGGGGUGUAGUGCGCAAUCUUGACCAGCGCGUUCUCUGUCUCCU